AUGGAGAUGUACAGCAACCCUCAUGUAAACUAUGGAUUUCAGAAUACAGGGGAAAGUGUGCCUGGAUAUCAUGGACAAGCACCACCACCAUACUAUCCCAAUGUACCACAGUAUCAAGUUUCCCCGCCUGUACCAGUCAAUCAGCCCACUCAGGUCAUCAAAAGUCAUUGUAGAUGCAUUAUAGUGUCGAUUAUCAUCGUUUUAAUCAUCUUGGCCGUUAUAGCAGUGUUACUUUGGUACUUCUUGACUCAUCAGUGUUCCACCGGACUAAAGUGUGGAGCAAACGGGGGGUGCAUCAGUGCUUCACAAAUGUGUGAUGGCAAGAAGGACUGUCCCAGUGGCGAGGACGAGCUCCAGUGCCUUCGCACCUAUGGGCCUGAUUCUUUGCUGCAGAGUUUUUCAAGUACAGACCAAAAAUGGAAGCCGGUGUGUGCGGACAAAUGGAACGACAACUAUGGAAAAAAAGCAUGCGAGCAUAUUGGAUAUAACAGUAACGACUAUGCGUCUUCUGGAACCGUUAGCACCAGUGACACAAACGGCUUCUUGACUGUCACAUCUACCUCCACAAGUACUUCUUCAGAUGUCCACAUUAAUCUCACUGAUAGUUCAUCUUGCCCAUCGAAUGCCGCUGUGGCUCUGAAGUGUAUAGCUUGUGGCGCACGUGAUAGCUCUAUUUCACGCAUCGUUGGAGGUACUACCGUAACCACUAGGGGACGCUGGCCCUGGCAGGUGAGCCUGCAGGCCUCAGGGGGCCACUGCUGUGGAGGAUCGAUCAUCACUCCAUACUGGAUUGUAACAGCCGCUCACUGCGUUGAGAAAAUUCCAUAUGCGUACCAAUGGACAGUGUAUGCUGGGUAUCUUACUCUGAACGAAAUGAGAACGAGCUCAGGCAGCUCGCUCGCGACGAUAGUCAAACACGCCAGCUAUAACCCAAACACCAACGUUUACGAUAUCGCGCUGAUGAAACUUAGUUCUCCAAUUCAAAUGACACCCUUUGCGAAACCAGUAUGCUUACCAAAUGCUGGUCUUAAUUUUGUUGCACCAAGGCAGUGCUACAUUACCGGAUGGGGAGCGACUUAUUCUUCAGGAGGUGCCACAAACCAGCUGAAAGAGGCCCAAAUUAACCUGAUCGACAGUUCUGUCUGUAACGCUGCCAAUUCCUACAAAGGCCAAAUCACAGACUCCAUGAUCUGUGCAGGCUUUAUGGCGGGCGGAAUUGACACAUGCCAGGGUGACAGCGGUGGUCCUAUGGUCACUGAGGAGAGUUCACUGUGGUGGCUCGUUGGAGACACUAGCUGGGGUGACGGAUGCGCUUCCCCAAACAACCCAGGUAUCUAUGGAAAUGUGACACUCUUUGCCAACUGGAUUCUCCAGCAAAUGAAGCAAAAUUAACUGAAUGACCAGGAGAAAUGGACAGCCUUAUGGACCUUUAUUUUAAAUCCACC